AACCACCAUCACCACCUCGACCACCAUUGCAACGACCGCGGUCAGACCUCCCAUUCGUGCCUCGUCCCGGAUAAACACGCUGGAAUCCUUUCUUCGUAACUACUCCCACCUAUCCCGUCGGAUCUAGCACGCACAACUCCGCUUCGCUACCUCCGGGAGAAGUCCCACGCGAACACAACAAUACACGGUGGUUUGGCACCAUGAUUGAAGGUCUGUAGAGUUAGUUGCGAGUGUCGAACUCUAGGGACAAGAGGCCAUUAUGGAGGGACUUUUCACAUUGCUCGCCCUGAGCAUUGUGAUGGCAAUUACAUCCUUUGUCGUCGGCUCAUUACCAUUGGCAUUUGCGCUUUCCGCUUCUCAAUUGCGAUUAAUAUCCUCGGUUGGCAUGGGAGUUUUGGUUGGAACAUCAUUGAUAGUGAUCAUUCCCGAAGGAGUCGACACCCUUUACAGUGCGAAAUCGCACAGUGGCCGGAAAGACAUCAGUGCACGGGACUUGGGGGUGAAUUGGCAGCAGGAGGCUCCGGUCGUGGCUGCGACGGUUGAUUCGCAAUCAGAGGACCCCAUUCUUCCUCGUUCAUCUCUCGCAUUAUCGGGACUAUCCUCUGCACCAGAAGGUGCGGUGUAUGUUACACACAACGACGAGUAUCACGGUCUGCAUGGAAGAAAGGAGGAUACAUCUCAGGACAAGGCGGAUGAAGAUCACGACGAAGAGAGUUCGCCCCAUGCUUGGAUUGGCGUUGCCCUCGUCAGCGGCUUCAUCUUGAUGUACAUGGUCGAUAAACUGCCUGAAUUCGCGUCUACUUCAAAGCAACAGAGGCCACCAUAUCACAUCUCUUUGGACAAUUUGGGGUCAGGAUUGCGGCGAACAUCUUCGCCUUCACGGGAGGGUGGAUUACUGGACGCCGCAACCUCUCCCAGACGCAGUCACAGUUUCGCAACCACCACCGGUCUCGUCAUCCAUGCAGCUGCUGAUGGAAUUGCGCUGGGUGCGUCGACUUCAGACACGGGGCUGAGCUUUAUUAUUUUCCUGGCGAUUAUGGUUCACAAGGCACCUGCGUCGUUUGGGCUUACAUCUAUAUUGCUAAAGCAAGGGCUUUCCAGCCGUGCUGCGAGGGCACACUUGUUGGUUUUCAGUCUGGCAGCCCCCGUGGGUGCCCUUGCGACCUUUUUGUUUGUGCACCUGAUGGGCUCGGGAACCAGUGGGGAUACAACAGGCACCCAAUGGCGAACUGGGAUGCUGCUUCUCUUUUCCGGUGGUACAUUCUUGUAUGUUGCGAUGCAUACAAUGCAGGAGAACAGCCCGAACUCCUCGUCGCGCGAGGUGCACGUUAAUGGAUAUGGAGACCCGAGGGACAUUCCGCUCAAAUCAGACAAGUCGAUGAGAGACUUGAUCGCAUCUGUCAUUGGCAUGAUCUUGCCGCUGUUCCUCCAGAUCGGCCAUGCUCACUGACAUCUCUUGUUAUCUUUCUUCUCUUGACCUCUUGGUCUUUUUUUUUUUUU